GUUGUAUUAACUACAGCUGCAUUAUGGCACUAGCACAUGUUUGUUUAACGUGAGUUUAAGAGUUGUUAAAUCAUUACCACUCCAAAGAUUUUUGUGAAUAAACAUGAUGCUCAGAUUAACACAAAGGCACAACGACUUCCUGUAAUGCAGGUCCUGUGUCUCCAUUCAUCAUAUAUGUCAGCUAAAGUGAAAAACAGAAACUGCUGAAUGUCCUUUAGUCUAUUCCUUUGGUCAGACAUAAACUGAUGUUUGGGUAUAUCUCACAGAGCUUGCAUCUGUCUUGGAACUUUUCAGCCUUAUCUUGUACUUUUCACAAUUUAAGUUACUUAACAAAGUGAUCAUACGUCUACUUUAAAUUAGUAGUGGUUUUUAUGCUGAUUAUAAUGUCUUGUUUCUUUUACUUUCCUAUUAGAGCUGAGUGAAAAGCCCACACUGGAGAUUCCUGAAAUAACAGAGGGAGAGCAGACUACACUGACCUGCAGCGCUCCUGGUCUCUGCUCUGGAUCCACUCCUAAUAUCACCUGGAUAUGGAGUGGAUCAGGACAAAACCUCUAUGAAAUCAAAGAAAACAACACUGAAUUCCAGUCUGAGGAUAUGCCUGUCUUCAAUUCAACUCUGACCUUUAACGCUUCAACAAAACACAACGGUGGUCAGGUCACCUGUAAGGUCACCUGUAACGUGACCUGUAAGGUCACCUUCAAAAAUGUCAAAACAAAUGAGACCAAAACUCUUAAUGUCAAGUAUGCAGCAAGAAUCUUGAAUAACUCUUGUGUCGCUCAGUCAAAGGUUUUGACCUGUGUGUGUAUCAGUGAGGGGUUUCCUUCACCCACCAUCAAAUGGCCACACUUGGAGAGCCACACUGAGUACUCUGUAACAACCAAUGUGUCAAACACCAGAGUCACCAGCACCAUCACUGUGUCCCAAGAUCACUAUCACAACUCCACUAUUGAAUGUGUCAGCAGUAAUAGUAUUGGAAAUACCUCAUCAAGUGUCAGCCUUAUACUAAAAGAGUUCAAUGCUAAUUCAUCAUCAUCAUCAAACAAUACAGGAAAUAACUAUACAUUCACAGAGUUUUUAACGAUUAUUCUAGAGAAGAAAGUCUACAUUGCAGUGUUGACCGGGUUUGUGAUUGGGAUAAUCCUUUCAACAGCCAUUUCUUGUUUGGUAACAAAAUGUCGCAGAAAAAAGUGGAAGAGGUCAGAAAAUCUGUCUGAAAACCUGGAGAUGGCGACUACUGAAGCUGGUCUAAUGAUGGAUGCUGAUCAAGCAGCAACAUAUGAUGGGAUCCGUGAGCCAGAGGACGCUGAAGGAGAAGCUGAGUCUGUUGCACAAUUACCAUCCAAUGGAAACUGCACAAAAGAGGUGGAGUACUCCGACAUUAACUUCUCUGCACUAAGACCCAAGAACCCUGAAGAGGCAGCAAACACACAGGAUGCCAGAGACACAGAGUAUGCUGAAAUUAAAAGAGAAGAAGUGAGACAAGAAGAUGCCCAAGGGGAGAGUGAAAUGUUGGAGGGCAAUGAAGAGAAUGAGUUCAUGAGUAAAAAGGACAAUGAGGAAGGUGAGGAUGUGGGGCUGUAUUCCAGUGUGGAGGAAUUAAUGGGUUAAUUAUGAGAGCUGUGAGAUCUAUCACAUUUGGAGAAAUUAACAUUACAAACAGAAGAUACAUGCAUGCUGCAAUCAACGUAUGCGUUGAGAAUUGUGUGUGCGUUGUUAGCUGAGAUGGAAUUUCUGGGAUUUUUCAAUUACGAAAAAUAUAAGCAUGUAUGUAAUAUAAAAGGAUAAACACGUUUCCACAGGACUUACAAAAAUGGUAAAAAUAUCAGGCUGUGGUGUUUAAUGUGGUCUAAACAGAAAAAUAGUGGGUCGACUAAUCAGAUCCAGGUGCUGACAAAAAGGUUUUCAUGAAAUAUCCUCUCAUGUUAUAACUUCUUUCUUUGGUAUGUAAGUGGCAGUCGUUAGUGGAGACUCCACUUAUUUAAUACAAGGAAAUAUUCAGGUGUCAGCCAUACUAUGUAAAUAUUGUAAUAAAUCUUCUUAUUUACUUCACCUUCAAAAGGUUGUUCCACAAGAACAUAAGGUGAAACUGUUUAAAUUAGGGGUGUCAAACUCCAGUUCUCAAGGGCCGGUGUCCUGAAACGUUUCCAUGUGUCCCUGCUGCAACACACCUAGAUAACUUUAGUAUGUCAUUUGCAAAAUUCUGUAGAGUUUGACUGUCUGCUGAGAUGGCAACCCCUAACCCAAGUCAAGUAAAUUUAAAUAAAUGAAGUGGAAAAUGUACGGGUAAAAGUACUUUUAUUGCACUGUGUUCAUUCACGUAUGAGCUGCUGUGAAUCAAAUGGCUGAAUUCCCCAUCUCAGCAUGCUAAUGACCUACUAAUGUUAUUCAGGUGUGUAGCAGCAGGGACACAUUGAAAAGUUUCAGAACGCUGACCCUCGAGGACUGGAGUUUGACACCUGUGGUUUAAAACAUGAAUAUAAAUGUUAAAUCUUUGAGAAAAAGUUUUUGUAUGCAAACAAUAUUCUUUACAUUUUGCAUAUCUCUGUAUGAUACAUCAGGUAGAAUUAGCAGCUUUAUGUAACAGUCAAACAUUUCAUCAUGUUAAUAAAAUUCAGUCAUAAAUAAGGUGAAUGCAACUGAAAUCAAAUUCAAGCUCAGAGUGAGAAUUUAUUCAGUUACAUUAUUGAGUUUAUGCAGGAGGGGAGAGAACACCUUUGCUUUGUUUUAAACCAUAAAAAGCUAAAGGAAAGCACACCCUGGUAAAGCUUUUGUACAAAUUCAGACCACGCAUGGCAUUUUCUAGUUUGACGCCUCUCAGACGAGGGUUGUCUGUGUUCUGCUGAACUGCUGUAAAUAGUGCAACUGCAAAAGUCCAGCUCCACCUUUCAGGCUACUUCCCAGCUCCACAAACACUGGACUAAGGGGGUCAUAAUAUUUAGAUUUCAGGUUUCUUUUACAGCUUAAAAUUGACCGUUAUAGUAUCUUACUGUGUCAAAAUGUGAGAACAGGAAGAUUAGAUCCACCGAUAAUAGAGUGAUGCCUAAUAAGGAAGUAUAUAUAUAUAUAUAUAUUCGUCUGUGACUCUUGUGAGAACAAUAACUAGUUCAUGAAUACUGUGCAUGUGUACAGAUGACAGUUGUAAGUAGAUGAAUGCUCAAUCUUUGUGUUUGAAUCUGCGGGUAUCUAAAGCAUCUUUUAAGUAAUAUUGUUUUAAUCAUAUAUUUUUUUAAUAUGGUUUUCAUAUAUCAGUAAUCGCACACCAUCAUACUUUAAACAGUAUGCACUGUGUCAGCUAUUUCACAGUUUAAAGUGGUGAUGAGGCAAGAUAAGUGAAGAUAAGGUUGUUGUUGGUUGGUUGGUUAGCAUGACAACACAUUGUUUCUCCUGUUUUUAGCAACUGUUGUGUACUUCCUUUUUUAUGAUUUAUGUCACUUAUAGUCAUUGCUACAAUGAAAAUACCUUUUUGUGCUCUUUGUUACAUUUAUUUUUAGCAUACUGUGAUAGCCUGAGAUUGAGGAAUUACUGUAGUGUGAGGAGAAGAGCAGUUAUACUUUGCAGUAAAUGUUUGUGCAGGUUUUGUUUUGUUUUGUUUGUUUGAAUAAAUGGAAGCAAAUGCUCAUAAGUUUUUUCAGACCUGCCGUUAAACAUGUUUUGGGUUUGGGGGAUCCAAAAUUGAUUCCCAGGGGGACUGCGGUAGUAAAAUGUAGUCACAUGAGUAUGGAAAAUAUGAAUUUGCAACAUCCUGUAGUGGCAUCUGUGUUAAACCUGUUUCCUGUGCAGUUUGCUUCCUGUACAUUUUUAUUGAGCAUUCUUCUGUUAAUAAAACUAUUGAAUUUUUAAAGAACAAAAAAAAAAAACUGCCUCUUGUCUUUCCUGAGAAGAUUUCUCAACAUCCGGAUGAGCCUGCUCUUUAAAAUUAGGCGCAACAAACAACACAGUAACUGAGUUUAUGUUGUUGGUCCUCACUUGAAAGUUUAUUUCUCUUUCAGUAUAAUUUUAACCUCAUCAGCACCGUUUUCAGAAAU